AUGACUGAUCUUGUCGAGCGUGGCAAGGCGAUGGCUGCUGGCGUCAUGUCAAUUUUCAUUUUAAUUACCGCAGUCGCCGACAUGAUAUGUGGAGCGAUUUAUGCUUUGAUAGGAGGGAUACAUGGAUCUGGACUUUGGACAGGAUUCGGGUUACUUCUUUGUGCAGUGUUUGGUCUCAUAACGUGGCUGAGAAGAAGCAAAACAGCUAUGGCGUUCUUCCUUGUCCUAGACAUCCUGUGGUUUGUUGUGUGUGCGGCUGGGACCGGAGUCUCAUUUGGGCUUCUUACCUUACUUACCAUUCUAAAAGGGUUGAUGGAAGAACACUGCAGCUUGAAUGCGGAGGGAACAUGCCACUGCAGUGGAGAGUAUGAUGUCCCAAUGAACAUGGAUGACUGCGACAAAGUAACAGCAGCCCAGCGCUGUAUGUUUGCUAUCUUCGUGUUGGACGGCAUCGGAGCCCUCCUUGCGCUGGGUGGUUCUAUCAUUGGUUGCAUGGGAGUCUGUUGCACUGGACAAGUCGCGACUACAGUUGUUGUUGUGGAGCCCUCUGGAGUGACGACGCAGAAAAUGAACCAAGGUGCACCUCCCCCGGAAUAUCCUUCGAUCCCUCGCUAUAAAUAG